AUGCAAGUCUUCCUCCUCCUCCAUAGACAACUUUCUUUUCUUCUUCUUCUUCCACUUCUGCUUUUGCUGCAGUUGCAGUGUAGUGGCAUAAGCAAUGAUUCAAAUCAGUCACCAUGUGAUUUAGGAAAACGUUGUCGUUUGAAGGAGGGUACUCAUGUAGUGCCAGCAGUGAUAGUGUUUGGAGAUUCAGUAGUAGAUACAGGAAACAACAAUAACUUGGCGACAGUUUUCAAGGUGAAUUACCCUCCUUAUGGAAAAGACUUUUAUGGAGGUCAACCCACCGGCAGGUUUUCUAAUGGCAAAGUUCCUCCUGAUUUCAUUGUUGAAGAACUAGGAAUCAAAGAAGUAUUACCACCUUAUCUUGGCCCAAGCCUACCGAUCGAAGAUCUAAGAACCGGAGUAAACUUUGCAUCGGGAGGUGGUGGAUAUGAUCCUCUUACGUCUCAGCUUGCUUCGGUGAUAUCACUUCCGGGACAAAUAGAGUUGUUCAAAGAAUACUUGGAGAAGGUGAAGUCGAUGGCAGGUGAGGAAGCAGUAAAUGAUAUAUUAAGCAAAGGAUUGUUCGUUGUGGCAACAGGGAGUAAUGACGUCACCAAUACGUAUUUUAAUAACCCUCUACGAAGAUACCACUUUGACUUUGAAUCCUACUCUCGUCUUCUGGUGGAUUCUGCUUCCUCAUUCUUACAGGAUUUAUACAAUUUAGGUGUUCGAAGAAUCGGAGUUUUCAGUUUACCACCAAUAGGAUGUCUACCUUCACAAAGAACAUUAGUAGGAGGAAUACAAAGAGAAUGUGUUAAGAACUACAAUGAGUUGGCAGAAUUAUUCAACACCAAGCUAUCAAUGGAGAUUAAUUCUUUAAGCCAACGUCUCCCUUUUGCAAAGAUGGUUUACGUUGAUGCUUACUAUCUUCCACUUGAUAUGAUCCAAAACCCUGGAAAAUAUGGAGAUGGAGAGAGACUUGAGAAUGGAUUGAUAGUAAAUGGAAGUGUGGAUGAAUCCUGGUUGUUGAGAGGUCUAGUUGAAGAAGCCGAGUGCGAGUUGAAGCUAGAUCCGUCGGUUUCCGGCUUCGACAAUACUUUUUUGACCACCGGAGGCCGACGAUGGAGAGGCUAG